AUGAAACAUGUUUUAAAAGUUUCAAAAUAUAUUUUUUUCUACAAAAUAAAAAAAAAGAAACACUAUAGAUUUUGCAUUUUAAUUUAAUAAGUCAACAUUAAUAUUCCACUUCCAAAAGAAUCCAGUUUCCAAUUGAUGAAACAUGAUUGAACAAUCAAAAUCUCGACUCUAUAACCUUGGGAGGAAAGAAUGUUUUUGUGACAAAUAUUUAAAUCAAUAUCAGCAUAAUAAUCUAUGAUAUGGCACAAUAUUAUCAAGUAAAAACAAUACAGAUCCAGUUCAAUCCAGCAUGAACGACUCACUAUCGACCGCUGCCCUCACCAAGCCCUCCGCAUCGGGUACCGGUAGCUUGACUGCCGAAAGACCGACGGGAGCCCACCGCAUCGGGCAGCUCGACUGCCGAGAGACCGGCUGUGACAAGGGUAGCUGGCUCCUCUUAUAUCUGGACUGCUCCAUGUCAGAAUGGUAUGAUUUUAGAUUUUUUGGCAAUUGGAAAUAUUUUAAAGGCAAUUCUGAUACCUAAUUGGAACGUUCUUCUACUUACCAUAAAAAAAUUUCGAACAUUUACGCGUCCAAAAAUUUGAUGAACUUUCAAGCUCCGAUAUCCACACUUUACAGGCGAGUAUCCACAUUGAAAGUUUAAGUGCACAUCUUCAACUGUCUGUUAAAAGGCACGAGAUUGCAUCUACUAUGUGCGCAUGCGCAUUAAACCCCAUUUUCGAUGAGCCGCCCAGACAGGCGAUGCCACUUGCAGCAAAACCCGCGCGAGAACCGUGCCACCAAAACCAGCGCUCGCGAUGCCCCGUAUUCGCACAUACCUACUCGUUAGACCUUCAUCCAUAUAAUCGUUGUUUGAAAAUGUUCAUCAACCAAUCAUUCAAAUAGAGACUCUAAACACAAUGAGACAGAUUAGCUUGCUUGCUGCAGGGUGUCAGCCAUGGAACAGAGAUGUUUGUGCUGCCUCAGGUGAUAGGUUUGCAUACUGUGCCACUUUAGCUGUCUACAUCUACCAGCUGGAUAGAGUCUACAAUGAAUUUAAGCUGCAUUCCAUUGUAGCUGAACACCGUAAGACCAUCACCGCCCUUGCUUGGCACCCUAAGAACUCGGACCUCUUUGCAACAGCCGGAGCGGAUAACCGGAUCAUCGUGUGGCAUGUCUCAGAGCAGCGGGUCGCCUACUCGUUGGAGGGGACCAGGGCCACCCCGACCUCUCUCAGCUGGUCAAUGGCGGACGACCUCGUCCUAAGCUUUUGCAGUGGGCGUGGUCCAUUGCAGGUUUGGAACAUGCACCUGGCUAACAGCAUCAAUGCCCACAAGGAAGCGGCCAACUUUGCGUCAGAGGUUACUCUUGUCCGAUGGCAUCAUCAACAGGUUGGGAAGCUGGUGACUGGCCAUUUGAAUGGGAGCUUGUCAUUCUUCACCACCGGUAAGAAGUGUUCCAAGCACGUUCUCCAACCCGAAUCCGAGGAUGAAGACGAAGACGAUCCCGUUGUCGCCUUGGAAUGGGAUCCGUUAUCGGAGGACUACCUUCUCGUCAUCAAUGAACAGGGUGAGAUGCGGAUGAUAGACAGUGUUUCCCUGAAUGUCAUUGUGACGUUUGUUCUACCAAGUACGGCCACCAGCGUCCGCACCAUGGCAUGGGUUCCUACUGCUCCAGGCAUGUUUGUAUCAGGAGAUGCACGUCAAGGGGUACUUCGUCUCUGGAAUGUCUCUAAGCCCACACCUAUCCUUAGCCUCAAACUAAAGACCACUGGUUUCCAUUCCCUAUGCGUCUUUAACGCAUCACCCACCGGCUCUGACGACUACGAUUCCCUGUCGUCGGCCACCAACUCAUCAUCAUCCUCCACGUCGUCCUCACCGGCUCAUAGCAAUAACCAUGUAUCAUCGACGAGUCAAGCGGUAGCUCCACGACGGACGAACGAUCUUUAUUCACCGUACGCCCUUCCACCCGGCCAUGCUGUGUGUACAUUUGAUGAUGGUGGGGUGGGGCUCUAUGAUUUGGGGAAAAGACGAUGGGAUUUCCUCAGAGAGUUGGGUCAUGUAGAGACAAUCUUCGACUGCAAAUUCAAACCUGACAACCCCGAUCUCUUGGCGACGGCAUCAUUUGAUGGCACCAUGAAGGUAUGGAACAUCAAUUCCUGGACCGCUGUAGACUCCUCACCAGGCAAUGAAGGCAUCAUAUACUCCAUCUCAUGGGCACCUGCUGACCUGAACUGUUUGAUGGCAGGCACAUCAAGGAAUGGGGCUUUCAUAUGGGACAUCACAAAGGGGAAAAUAAUCAAGAGAUAUACUGAGCAUGGACGAACUAGUGUCUACUCUGUAGCAUGGUGCCAUAAAGACUCAAGAAGAGUUGCGUCAUGUGGAGCUGAUAACUACUGUAUUGUUCGUGAGAUUGAUGGGAAAAUGCUGCAGAGAUACAGGCAUCCAUCAGCUGUGUUUGGAUGCGAUUGGAGUCCUAAUAACAAAGACAUGCUUGCCACAGGGUGCGGCGAUGGCAAGGUAAGAGUAUAUUACAUAGCAACGGCCAACGAGCAACCAUUAAAAACCUUCCCCGGUCAUACAGCUAAGGUAUUCCAUGUACGAUGGUCUCCUUUAAGAGAUGGUAUACUAUGUAGUGGCUCAGAUGACGGGACAAUACGUAUAUGGGACUAUACUCAGGAUAGCUGUGUAAACAUAUUAGUAGGUCAUGGUGCUCAUGUGAGAGGGCUAAUGUGGAAUCCAGAGAUACCCUAUCUUCUCAUCUCGGGCUCGUGGGAUUACACUAUUAGAGUAUGGGAUACCAGGGAUGGUGCAUGUGUUGAUAAGGUAUUAGAUCAUGGUGCUGAUGUGUAUGGUCUAGCCAUGCAUCCCAAUAGACCCUUUAUACUCGCAUCCUGCUCAAGGGAUUCCACCGUUAGGAUCUGGUCUCUGACAUCACUGGUGAUGUCAUCACAGAUGAGAGUGAUCGCCAGGAGACCAUGGCAAGAGAUUGUCACAACAACAGAUCAUGCCAUGGCUGUCAACACCAGCACAUUGAUGUCGGGCAAGGCUUCCAGAGACCUCAAGUCCAAGAUAGAUCAUUACCGUGGUAACGUGGAAUUCAAGACAAUAAUCCGGUGGUUCUCUAAUCUCUUUGCAUCCCCUGGCGAUACAGCUAAUCUCUGGGAACUCGUGUCCAUUAUAAACGGUCAAGACGAUAGCCUUCUACCAGAGGAUUAUAGUAAAGGAAUCAUGCACAGAAAACAUCUCAUCAAGUUCAGAUCGUCUGAAGCUAAAGAACUUGAGCUAGCAAAGCUGGGAGGGCGGGGAGGCCAGACAUCGCGGCUACGGGAAGAGAAGGUGAGAGAAGCUGCUGUGCUGCAUAUGAAGCUGGGUGAAACGCAGAGAUACUGUGAGCUCAUGGUAGAGUUGGGAGAGUGGGAGAAAGCUUUGGCAAUAGCCCCGGGAGUGUCCAUGGAUUACUGGAAGCAAUUGGCUGAGAGAUAUGCGGAGAAUCUGUCAGCUGAUGAGAAUCUUGACUGUGUGCCUUAUUAUCUCAUCACUCACAACGUCGAUAAACUGGUCCGCUUUUACUGCCACCGUGGUCAGCUCAACGAUGCGCUCCUCGUCGCGCAGGUGGCCAGCGAGGGACCCAUUACCAUGGAUACAAGAAGCAGAGGAGGGGUUGUCAACGGGAGGACGACGGCGGGGCACGAGGAGGAAGGGGAUGCGGUCCCGAGGAUGAACGGAAUGCAGGAUGAGGAGGAGUCUAACAAAUUGCUUCUGUCUGUGGUUGAUCUGAUGGCUAAUAAAUUCUUUCACAAUGGGUCACCUGUACUAUCUGCAUGCUGUCAUCUUGCUGCCGGGCAACAAAGGCUUGCUUUGUCCAAAUUAAUAAGGGGACACGAGUUAGAGCUGGUCAUAUCGAUAGGAGAGUCACUGAAAGGAGGCAAGAUCUCGAGUUUGGUUACCAUGGCAACUGAGAUGCUAUCAAGAAGAUGCGAAGGACAGGGAAACUGGGAUCUAGCCUAUAACCUAAUUGAAGACAUUCCUAACAACCAUGAUAUGAAGGUCAGGCUUUGUGCGAGGUGUGUAGGAAGUGCAGCUGAGAUCAACCAUAUGCAUGAAAAGGUGGGUUUCCCCCCUCUGGAAGAUUGCAAAGUGAAGGCCCAGAGCCUGUUAGAUGCAGGGAAUGUGAGGGAGGGUGUAUGCUAUUAUCUACUCUCUUCUACACCAGAGGCUGCCAUGUCUGUGGGUCUCCCUGAAGUCAGAAGAAAAAUGAAUCAGUCUGACUGGGUCGUUGGCGAUGUUUACGACCUUCUGCAAUUAAUGGGCUGUAUAAGGACAGACAGGAUCAUGAUGCAGAGUGUCGCUCAGCAGCGAUGUGAGUUGGUCAUCUUGUCUUGCUAUGUUGGAGCUCUAGUAGCUAUACGAAGGGGUUACCGUUCUAUAGUUGCCCAUCUAUUCAGUGUAGCAUUGAGGCUUAUCAGGGAAGGUGGCUUUGGGUCAGAUCUCCCUCUUUCAGACCCUCUUGUUCAGACUGAAUUAGAAGCAUGGAAUGCUGUAUCUGGGACUAACGUAAGUGUUGAUCAUACCAAAUGUGCCCCUCCAACUCCACUCCAAGAAGACUUCUACCGCAAUCUUAUACGACGGGGAGAAUCUUUGACCUUUGACCUUGAAGCAGGUCAUGACUUUGUGACAGGUUCUCAUCUCCCAAGUCACUCAGAUGUUCACCAUUCUCUGCUGACUGGCAAAAGGAUACAGGGCCCUACAUUCUUCCUGGAUGAUGGAAAGUCUGUGAUAUCACUGAACAGUGCCCUCAUGUGGGCUAAAGUGUGCAUGUUCUCACCGGUAGGAUCAGGAAGGCCCAUCAAUCCUUUCUAAUGAUUAUAAUAGAUUCAAUCUUCAGCACAGUUCUCUUUCCAAGGAUGAACAGUGUAGGGGUCAAAGGUCAAAUUUUUACAGGACAGUGCACUCAUCUGCAGGUCAGAUGUCAGUGUUUUGCAGGACAGUACACUCAACUGCAGGUCGGAGGUCAAUUCUUUUUACAGGACAGUACACUCAAGUGCAGGUCAGAGGUCAAGUUUUGCAGGACAGUGCACUCAACUGCGAGUCAGAGGUCAAAUUUUGCCGGACAGUACACUCAAGUGCAGGUCAGAGGUCACAUUGUUAUAGGACAGUGCACUAAAGUACUGGUCAUAGGUCAAAUAUAUGUAGCAGUGAGUUCAAUUUUUUGUGAGAGAGUUCACACAGCAUAGGUCAUACGAGAGGUCAGAGGUCAAAUACUUGCAGAACAGUUCACUUGCAUUGAAUCAUAUAAAUGUACAGUAUAUAUGAGCAGUCAGAUCAAAUUCUUGCGAGAUAGUUCACUCAUCUUUGGUAAUAUCGAGACCACUUUCUGAUGGGCAAAAGAGACAAAAUCUUGUUGAAAAAUAAUAAGAAUUGUCUUGAAAACCAUUAUUAAUUUUUCAUGCAAGAAUGAUUCAUAUUAAUAAAAAAUCUUUUUAAAGAUCGUGUUGAAAAUAAUAAUAUACAUUGUCUUGGAUACUACCUUCAAUGUCUCGUGCAAGAAUGAUUCAUAUUGAUGAAAAAUCUUGUAGAAAAUAACAAUAUAAUGCAUCUUGAAAACUACCUUUAAUUGUUGUGCAGGAAUGAUUCAUAACUGUUGAGCAGGGUAUGAAAUUUAAUCUUUUCAAAGCACAUUCAAGAGAGAUACUGUAUUUAUGGCUUAUUGUGGAUAAUUCACAAUCUCUCUUCUGUUUGUGUACAUGUAGUUUGUUCAUAUUGUUGUCAUAUCUUGACAUCGUCUUUGGUCAAUAGUUUGUCUAUAUUAUGGCAAUACCUCACUUGACACCUGUAUGAACAAAUCAAUUAUAUAUAUACAGUCCGACCUCUCUUAUCCGGACGUGUUGGUACCAGCACGAAUCCGCAUAAGGGAUUUAUCUGGAUCUGGGAGGCCCAAUAUUAAAUACACACAGCUGCCUCCACAAUAGUAGCUGCACGUAGUCUAUUUAGUGGGCAUACACAGACAGAAUUCACUGCAGUGUCAGUGCAAAUUAUAGGCGGUAUUUUUACAGAAAUAAAAUCGAGUGGUGGCCAAAACUGUUGGAUAAUUUACCUGCUCAAAUGAUUGAGGUAUAAAUCGAGCAUACCUCGAGAGAAAGAGAAUGAAUGACUCAAUGAAACUAAGUUUUACAAUUGGAUCAUCGCGGCGGCUAUCGCAGCUUUGCAAUGUCAGCCAUUGUUACACUGACUGUAGGCUUGAACAUAAUAGAUGGCGCUGUCCGUAUGAGGCCUAGCGUAAGCUAGUGAGACAUGUGUUGUGUUUCCCGGGAAGCAAAAAGAGAACGUGAUGAAAUGUUUGCACUGCGCCCCAAUUUCCUGGAAAAUUAUCCUGCCUAAGUUCUUUCGGUGAUUUGGGUGAGAUAUUUUCAUGAAAAAUAAUGUUGUUGUAGGUAGACUAUCUUGAAAAAUAUAUGUAAUCAAAGGGAGUUUGCGUAUAGGAUUGAGUUUAGAUUGCAACCUCAUUUACUCACGUACUAGAUUGGAUUAAAAAGAAAAAAUCUUGGCAAGUGUGCGUCCGGAUAAUAGAGAGAUCCGGAUAAGGGGAGGCCAGAUAAGAGAGGUCGGACUGUAUAUAUUUUAAAAUAGAAAAUAAUCCUAAUUUAAUGAAUGUGUAGUAUUGCCGACACAAUUUUCAUAAUGAUUAUAAUUCAUUGAAAUGUAUUGAUUAGAUUUUUUUGCAAAUGUGGAAAUGACAGGAGGCAUAAAUUUGACUGUGCACAGUCUAGAACCCAUCGAGAUUCGUCAUCUUUCUUGUUCGUGUAGUUCAACUUGCUUUGAUCAAAUUUCAAAAGAAGAUGUUUUUUUAGAGUCCGUCCAAAUUUUUUUUUUGUUCAAUUGAGGGAAGAGUGUUGUAUUUCACGGGUUAAUGUGGAUAACAACUUCUCUCUUUUGAAUUAUUUAUUCAGCUUUUUGAUAUUUUAAAGUGAAUGAGUGCCCUACCACUUUAUAAUUUCAUUUCUUAAAGUCAAGAAAGAAUUGCAUGGGAUAAUGCAAGUUUGACAUUUUAAUGUGUGUAUGAUUUUAAAUGUUUGUUUUGAAAAAAAAAUACAUCUUUAUUUUAGCCACAUGCCUGUAAAGUUUGACUGACACAACUCAAUAGAUACAUGUUCUGCUGCAUGCACGCUUCAUUAAUAUUGUAAAGUAAUGUUAAUGAAUAACAUUUAAUGUUUUUUAUUAGAUUGCUAUUACAUAGAAAUAGUAACAAUCAAAUAAGAAGUUGUAAUUAAGAUUGAUUACACAGGGAAAUUUUCAUGUGAAACAUGCAUUGAGAAUCCAAGAUAGAAAGAGUCUGGUUUUCAGUUUUCCUUGUUAAGGUGUCUUCUGCAUUAUUUGGAAAUUGUUGUUGUAGUAGACAUGCUGUGGGCCAUUCAGUCAAUAAAUCGCUGGGCAUUGGACUACAAAGUCUAGGGUUCAUAUUCCACCACAGCACUUGCAUUCUUUGGUAAGCUGUUUAUUUACGUCCAGGGUUCAUAUUCCACCACAGCACUUGCAUUCUUAGGUAAGCCGUUGAUUUACAUUUGCCACCCUCCACCUGGGUUUGGGUGCGCCUGGUAGGAAGGAACUCCUUGAUUGCUUGAGCAUCCAUAGAAUCACUUGAGCUGUGCUUAAGAAACAUAAACUGAAACAUAAACUUAGAAACCAUAAAAUUUAAAGUGCACUGUAUGAAUGGUGCAUAUCAUCAUCUUUAGUAGUAGAGUGUUGAUAGUUAUUUCUCUUGGAAGUUUGUUUUAAGUUAAAGGGGUGUUGUCCCAGUUCAAUUGAGGUGCCAUGUCUUUGUUGACUCAUUGUUUAUACUUUUUAAGCAUAUUCUCUUGGUAUUCACCUGUGUGUCAGUAUGAAGGUCAACAAACUUUUUAAAGAGAAAUGUAUGAGAAGUACACAUCCAAUUUGAUGAAUAAUCAUAUUUAAUUUUUAUUGAAAAAAAAAUAUCCAAUUUGAUUAAGAAGACAUCUUAAGUGAGAAUGAUUGUAAAGUACAUUGUAUUCUUUUUAAUGAAUAUUGACAUGUUUUGUUCGUCCUGUUGUCUUUACAAAACAAUAUUCUCUGUUUCUUU